AGAUGGCGGAGUACGAUGAGCGUGGCAACUGUGCGUCAAAUAUGUAUUUACCGAGUUGUACAUAUUACGUUUCGGCGCCUGAUUUUUCUUCGGUCUCCUCGUUUUUACCCCAGACUACUUCGUGUCAAAUAAAUUUUCCUUAUUCUUCCAACAUAGCUCAAGUCCAACCUGUUCGAGAAGUGUCUUUCAGAGAUUAUGGACUGGAUCACUCAAACAAAUGGCAUUACAGGGGCAAUUACGCCUCUUACUACUCAACGGACGAGAUAAUGCACCGAGACUUAAUCCAGUCGUCGAACAGGGCGGAAAUGAUAUUCAAAAAUGAUUCCUUGUACGGCCAUCACGGCCGUACGAGCUCGCCAUGCAAUUUCUUCACAAAUGUCGGCCGAAAUGGGGUUCUUCCACAAGGGUUCGAUCAGUUCUUAGAGACUGUUAACUCUGAGAAGCCCAACCCCGACGACUCAAAACAAAAGACACACUCCAGUCUCCCCGGAGAUGCUGCAUGUAAUAAACAUACUUCAGAUAGGCCUGCAUCUGAGGAGUCUGAACGAGACCCAACUGAGCACAUAGACGAAGAGGAUUAUUCGAUAUCAAACUGCGCUGGGGACAAGAACAACGGCCCAAGUUCUUCAAAGUCCAGAAAAAAGAGAUGCCCCUACUCCAAAUACCAGAUCCGAGAACUUGAACGAGAAUUCUUUUUCAAUGUGUACAUAAACAAGGAGAAGCGGCUCCAGUUGUCGAGGAUGUUAAACCUGACAGAUCGACAGGUGAAGAUUUGGUUUCAGAACAGAAGAAUGAAAGAGAAAAAGCUCAACCGGGACCGGCUUCAGUAUUUCACUGGGAAUCCCUUAUUCUGAACCCUACGCAUUUGGAGUCAAUAGUUGCUAAAUGCUUCACAACAGAUUGAAUAAAGAG